AUGGAAAGCGCGUCCAGGUUUAAGAGAAAUUAUAGGGCUUGCUUGAACUGUCGUGUAAGAAAAGUUAAGUGUGAUCUCGGGCCCGUUGAUAACCCGAGAGAUGGGAAAUGCUUGAGAUGCUUAAGAGAGAGAAAAGAUUGUGUAUUUGUAGAGUCUCGCCGAAGUAGUGGAGGACCAACAGGAAGUGCUUCAAGCUCAGGUGGAAAUGUGGCAGCAAGCGGAAGCGGAAAUGCGUAUGAAGGACAGGUUAUAAGUACAAAGCUUAUGGGCUCUCCAUCUCCCCAAGCUGCGGCAUCUCCUCCGGUUAGAAGCGGGUCGAAUGUGAUCGCACAGAAUAACUCUAAUAUACAUCAACCACAACCCUUACAAGACGAUAAAAAUCCUAGACAGGAUGAGCCAGGUGGGCAUUUUGCCACCAUGGAGGGUGCUUUAGUCUUCCUUGCUAAAGCUGCUGGUACUAUAGCUGAAGCCGACGAGCGAGAUAACAUUGAUGCUCAGAAGAAGCUCGAGCAAAUUGAAUCUUCCUACAAUAAUUCAGAAUCGGAUAGGGAAGUUUCAAAUAACAAUAGUAGCAGUAAUCUUGCUAAUACUGGGGUAGACAGUAAUAAUAGUAAGCUGGGGACAAUAAACAAUUCUUUGUCAAAUAUCCUUAAUCCAAAAUCAAAUCUCAGUAGCAAAUCACCCAGUCUAAGCGGCAGCAGAGAAAACUUAUCCCAUUCCAGAUCUUCAGGCACUAACCUUAAGAACGCUUCAUCUUACCCCCAUCCACAGAAUAUGCACAAACGUAGAGUUAUGCCUCUUGCUGAAAAGCCCGAUAUGAUCAGACCAAGGGCCUCUAAUAAACUAUCUCACUUUGAUUAUAUUGGGGAACCGAAUGGAAUAUUAAGUGAAUUUGAAGCUGAAAAUCUAAUAAACUUGUUCUUUACUACGAUGCAUCCAUAUUUCCCAUUCAUUCCCAAAUACUUGCACCUGCCGAAGGUCUUGGCAGGUUAUCCAAUAUUGUUAUGCUCUAUACUAACGAUAUCUUCCAGAUAUCACCCACUAUCGGAUGACUCCUCACUGAAUUCUGGAGCAGUUCCAAGAAAUAUAGAAGUUCAUGAUAGACUUUGGCUAUAUGUUCAAAGACUUAUUUCACAGACAGUCUGGGCAGAAGCAAGCACCAGGUCUAUUGGUACUGUUUUUGCCUUCUUACUUUUCACCGAAUGGAAUCCAAGAGCUAUUCACUGGAGAUGGUCAGACUAUGCAAAUAAGGCAGAAGAUGUAGGGUCAUCAAUGAAAGAUGAUAUAGGAAACACAGCUUCGUCAGGAUCUGGUUCAGCAGGUCCUUUCGGUACUGAGAAUGGUAAUGAAGUAGAAACUAAUAUGCCAGGUCUUGGUGCCACGAGAAGAAGUUAUCGUAUGGCAUGGAUGUUAAUUGGAUCAGCGGUUAGAUUAGCACAGGACAUGGGAUUUAUGGAAGUAAGUCCAAAGACAUUCUUGGCUACGCAUAUAGCAGAAAUCAAUAGUGUAAUGAAUAUCAGCAGAAGGUCAAUGUUGGCGCAUUCAUUAAGUGAAUUGGAUUUGGACGAUGACGAUGACGAAGUUGAUGAAGACGAAGAGAAUGAAAAUGAAGACAUUGACGAGAGUUUCUUCGAAGAAGUUAGUCAUGGUAAGAAGAAAAAGGAUCAAAAAGAAAAUGAUGAUAGUGACAAUGACCAUGUAUUCAUUAACAUGAACGAAAAGGAACUACUGGACUAUUCAAUGUCAUGCUCUGCUUUGAAAUUCACUCCAAUGCAGAAGGCCAAAAUUGAGCUACUUCAAAUCAUGUCAUUGGGGCAUGAGUCUCUUUAUGGAUAUAAAGCUCAAUUGGGAAGUUUGAGUCAGAGACAGAAUCUUUCAAUAUUGAACAUAUUGAGCCCAAUCCUUAAAAAUUGGGGUAAGAAAUAUAAAAGAUUUUUAGUUGUGACUAAACCGAAAUCGAUUAACUUAAGUACUCUACAACAAUAUUUGUUGAGUCCAGGUUCAAAAAUUGCAAAUGAAUUGAGAAUAAUUAUUGACAGGGAAUCAUUAAUAUUCGAGUAUAACUACACCAAAUUAUAUAUUUAUUCUUUGGCUUUAAGCCCAAGUCCACAAUCUGAAAAGAAGAAUGGAAAAGGAGUGAAUGGUGAUAAUACUAGUAAGAAGAGAAACAGAGUCAGUCUAAAGCUUGACGAAAUUUCGAAGGCAGCUGUUUUCAUAGAACAAGCUUAUACUGCAGCGAAUGAAAUGUUACACUCUGUUCAGAGAAUACAUAGAUUCAGAAUGUUGAAGUACAUGCCGGUAAGAUGGUUGACUAGGAUUGUAAGAGCCAUUGCAUUUGUGGUAAAAUGCUACUUGACAAUAACUGCACAUAAUCGUACGAGUGCAAAUAAUAAUGCCACUAAGGUAAGCAUUGCAAAUUCAUUUGAUGGGUAUGAUUCAACUGUCUUGUCUUUGUCAUUAAUUUCUAUAGAAGACAUAGUCGUAACUAUUCAGAAGGCUGCCAUUACUCUAAGAGACUGUUCUCCUGAUGAGUUACAUCUUUGUACGAGGUACUCAAAUAUUUUGAUGUAUCUCUGUUCUGAUAUGAAGUCUAAAAUGAAAAACAAUAAUAAUGGGGCAGCAAAUGAAUACCCCUUAAACAAGAGGGCUAGGUACGAGGAGGACAAAAUUGCAGACACAUUCCAACAGCAACAAGAGCUGCUGCUGUACAGUCCACGAAAUGAUCCAUAUUUCGUAGACCAGACACAACCAUCGCAACUGGCAGCAUUUCCUCUUCAAGCAGACCAGUUCUAUAAUCCAAUUCAACUGGGAAGUUCUCAGAACCAAGCACGAGGUGGCCAAUAUCAACAACGGGACGAGAAUCAAAUAAAUUUGGAUAACAAUAGUGACUUCCAAUACAAAGAUGAUUCUAGAGCAGCAAUGACUAACGGUGAGAUAACAAACAAUCCGCUACCUACCAGCGGCUACAGUAAACCUCUUCAGGGUGAACGUGAGAACAGAGAGGAUGUUUCACCUUUCCAAACUAUGGUCGGUGAUAGUGAAGUCAUGGAAUGGUUUGUUAAUAACAGAGAUGUAGGAUUGGAUUUCGUUGGUCCUUGGACCGAAAUGAUAGAACAGCACUUGGAUGCAAAUCAGUUUAACUUCGAUGAAGCAAUGAAUUAA